GAUUGACCGACUACUCUUCUCAGCUCGAUCAUGCUCAAUCGUUGACAUGAUCAUUCUUGUGCCCCAGGAUCGAAAGUUGUUCUUGGCAAUGUUGGAGCGCGAUAACUUUCGGCACCGCCCGAUAUCUUCCAGGCCGAUGGCCCCAUCAAACCUUUGUAGUUGAUAGACGGAAAUAGGGUAUGGCAAAAGCAUUGUUAUAACUUCUUACAUGGUACAUCUCUGUUUGUUAGGGGCUCUGGAAAUCUGUAUGCUUUCGCUUGGUCGAAUCCUGAUUCCUCCUUUUCAUUGCUUUCUCUUGCUUCUUCGGUGCUCCCAGUCUACUCUUUUAUCUAUCUUUCUAUCCCGUAACAGUCAAACCAAACUCAAACAACCAUAGUACGAACAUUAAUUGGUUUCCUCUACGUCUUGGUCCAAAUUCCUUUAACUCCGCUUAAUUUACUAUAUCCCUUUUUGUACUCUUGCGGGACUUGGCCGAGUGAUUACCCACCACGGUAGUUUUCUGUAUUUUUAUACAGUAUUCUGUUAUGAAAUGAUCUCCUUUACCCCAAGACGUACUCUUGCACAAGUGGGUUUGAUCCUAACUUUGGGAAGAAUCAUUGAUAGUGUGGCUGCUGCCACAGCUUUAAGUCUAACGCCGUCUACCGGUUGGUAUGGCAAAUACUAUCCUUUCUCGCCCCUUCCUCUCCAUGGAGAUGCUGACAUAAAUCAAAGGUAUGGAGACGAUGGAUCGUGGUCUGCCGUUUCUAUCAGAUUGGGCACACCACAGCAAUGGGUCAAUCUCCUUCCAAACACUGUCAGCGCUGAAAUCUGGGGUGUCGGACCUUAUGGUUGUCAAGAUGGAGGUAUGUUGUGCUCCUCUACAUCAUCUCUUUGUCCUUUUGAGAUAUUUUCACUCUUGUCACCAGAUGAUGAUACCUAGAUCAUUAACUCAAUCACAAAUCUUUGUCGAACUUCAUGCUUUCAAUGCCAAAUCAUGGGGUAGAUGUCGUCCAUUCAAUAUCAAGUGAUAAUCUAUGGACAAGUCAUUUACAAUUACAUCAUUCACGGAUCACAUAACUCCAACUUGAAAUCAUAGUCAGAGCAAUAUUUUAUUUCGAUCACCUCAAGCAUCAGAUCACACUUAAUGAAAGACUGUUUUGAAACCACUCUCACUUAAUUGCAUCCCCAAUCUUUUAUGACAGUCUCCGAAUUACUUUUCUUUAUGACAACAUUCAUUAGGCAACAUCCUUUCAAUGCGAAAUUAUAGUGUUUGGCUUGGAUUUUAUCAGGCUGAAUAUUUAAGAUUUUGAGUUAUAGUAGCAAUACAGGAUUACAUGUGGCCAGAUACUUCUUCAACCACCAAUCUCCUGACAGAAUUACUUGUGUUCAAGGUGCAGUCGGAAAAGACGAUUACCUUGAAUACUGAUUCAAUGCAGUACACUGAUUUCAUCUGAGGCGUUAAACCUCAUGAAAUCAGAAGCCAUUAUUAAAAGAUCCAAAAAUUGUGAAAAUUCGUAUUCAUUUCCCUUUAUUAGGUCGAGCUCAAAUACCCUGCUUCGCUUAGAUGCUAACUAUACUUCAAAGCUCCCGAGUGCUCCACUAGCAGGGGCUCACUCUUUAAUGCAGCCUCAUCGUCGACAUGGAACUCUCUUCUGACAUUGGAAUCUUCGCCUAUUUGGAAUCUUGGUACGGGAGACUCGCUAUACUGGCCACCAUAUGGAGAUUAUGGGCUUGAUAAUCUUGCAUUUGGGCCUGACGGUCCAACCAUACCUAACGCUACAAUUGCCAUGAUCAAUUCCACAGCGUAUUGGGUGGGGAGCUUCGGCUUAGGUGCCAGCGUUGGAAACUAUUCUUAUGUUACUCCAAAUUCGACAUACACACUAUUAGAAAGUAUGGGAGAAAUAGUAGGGGCAGGUUAUGGAUACACUGCUGGUGCUGUGUAUCGUGAGUAUUUAAAAUCUUCAUACAUUUCUUGGCACAGUUUACUGAACCCCUCUAGAACAAAAGGGAGAACCAAUGUCUCUGACACUGGGCGGAUAUGAUGAAAAUCGGUUCAUACAUCAUAACAUUUCGUUCACUCUCACACAAGAUCCCGCUGUUCCGCAAGCAUUUGUCGAAAGUAUUUCUGUGUCAUCUUCCAACGGAUCAAAUAAAUCUAUACAACUUGCUUCUGCCGGUGACAUGAUCAGCGCGUUAAUCGAUAGCUCAACCCCUUAUCUAUGGCUCCCAGAAGCUGUUUGCGAUCGAUUUGCAGAUGCCCUAGGACUAACGUACAAUGAGUCCUUGAACUUAUAUACCUUCGACGAGAAUCCCAACCAGCAUAACAACCUUUCGGACUCAUCCACGGCGACAACGUUUACUUUUAGAUUUAAAGACACAUCUACAGAUACAGAUAUUGUGGAAAUUAAUUUACCAUAUGCGGCUUUUGACUUGCAAUUGACCUACCCAUACAUUCCAAAUAGUGAAUAUGGAACAGACCAGGCAUCGAAGUUCUACUUCCCGUUAGCUAGAUCAGCAAAUACUAGUCAAUACACCAUCGGCCGAGUAUUUUUACAAGAGGCAUAUAUCAUUACCUCCUACGAGACCAACCAAUUCUCCUUACACCAAGCCGUCCAUGUAUAUGACACGUUAAAUAACAAGAGCAUUGUUGCUAUACCAAGUGGAGGUGUUACCACGGGACAAAAAACUGGUACUGUGGUAGUCGGAUCGAAGACUGAGGAAGCUCGCUUGUCUAAUGGCAAAAUCGCCGCCAUCGUUCUCAGUGUUGCCGGCACAUUAGCUAUUAUGUUGGCCACCCUCUACUUUUCUUGUCUCAAAAACUUUAAACCAAACAGACUUUCGCUUAAUUCUAAAAAUUCUACUUCUGAGUCUGAAGCUGGCGGUGACUUUCAACAGCUUCAUAACCUUGCUUCAGUAACAGCAAAUGGUUCAGAAAAUCCUAACAACAAUAAUACACCUGUUGAAAUAAACUCAGAUGCGGUAGCACCAACGGCAAUUAACUUCGAAAGUCCCCAUCAACUAGAACUUGCAACCGCGAUUCCGGGAGAGCUUUCAACAGGACGCCCAGUUGAACUCCCGGCAGUAAUCCCGGCAGAUCGAUCCUAUAAAGCGUUUACGCUCGAUACAUCUCCCACCGCCAGCUCUACGUUUAGCUCUCUCUCUACUUCACAAUCUGGUUCACUACCAUCAAAUACUACUCUCACUGCUAAUUAUGCGGGGCCAUCGCCGGAGCGGGGAUCAAUUCGUGAAACUCUUCCUCGCCCUUUUAUUACGUCAGGUCACGUAUCGCCCAUGUUUUCCGAGAGAAUAUUACGCCCGGAAAAUCUCCAUCCCAUAGGCGAUACCGAAUGCCGCUUGAACCCUCCUCCUACAUAUGCUCUUACACAGCGUAAUAACUACGCUUGCGCUGAAGAGAUGCCUUCCAGUAAUCAACUUCCAAACCAAUUUCCUCCAUCUACUGGAAAUCGAGCCGGAGAGCCUAGUAGCUAUGACUUUGCCGAAGAAAUGCUGUCUGGUAUCCAACCUCCGAAUCUCAUUAACCCAACUACCAGGAACCAAGACACAAAAGUAGAUGAACGGCGCAACCAUCAUACUGAAAGACAAGAACGCGGUGCAGAACUCUCUCCUCAGUCGUUAGCUCAUGAUGAGAGUGCUCGCGAAAUCCAAUUUCAGGCGCGCCGCCACACUCACAGGCUGGAACUCGAGAGAAUGGAACGUCAAGGAAUCGAUCAUUUAAAAUAUCUCAAUGGGGAUGUGGGAGAUAUUCAAAACCCUUUUCGAGCUCUGGAUCAAACUCAUGUGCUUCAUGGGUCUUAUGAUUUAGUUUCUGGAGUACAGGGUCAGGAGAAUAUGUUUCGUGAACCAGCUGGAGGAGCAGGUCCAAAUUUUGAUACAGAAACUGCUCCUCUUCGCUUCUCCUUUGAAAAGGGAGAUGACCUCUGUAAUAUUUCAAGCCCGUAAAUGUUUACUCCGAUCUUCUAUGUUGCAUUCAAAAAUCCGUCUCCCGCAGGGGUCGCCAAGCUCUGGUGAAUUUAUCAACAAUCAGGAAGAACGAGAUCUUAUAAUAAAUGGAAAGCUUAUCUUCCAGUACUGACUAGAAUUUUUCUUGAGAUCUACAAUAGUUUGGCUCAUCUCAUAUGUGGACUUGGUUUUCAAGAAACGGUAUCUACUUAUAUUUAAUUCGCAAAUAUAUAGGAAAUAUUAUAUG